AUGAUCCACAGAGAAGCUUUGGCUUCCAAAGAAAUGAGUCCUGGUUUGAAUAUUGUGUUAACUACGGUUGUAACCGUAGUAAGUUAUAUAAAAAUGAGACCCUUGAAAUCAAGAAACUUUUCCACACUUUGUAAAGACAUGGGUGCAGUACAUUCAGCGUUACUAUUUUAUUGGGAGGCAAGAUGGUUAUCACGAGGGGAAUUUUUGCAACGUGUUUAUGAAUUAAGAGAAGAAAUUGCAGUUUUCCUAGAAGAGGAAAACAGACCGGAAGCUGAGAAUUUUCGCGAUACUUUAUUUGUGAUGAAAUUGAGCUACAUGGUCGACAUAUUCGAGAAAUUAAAUAACUUGAAUCUUCAACUGCAAGGAGCAAAUACACAUAUAUUGGAUACAAGUGAUAAAGUUAAUGCUUUUUGUAUGAAAUUGGAAUUGUGGAGCAGAAAUUCAAAGCAAGAAAACUUAACAAUGUUUGCAAAUUUGAAUGAUUGUAUUAAAACUUACAAGGCUGAAGAACAACAUGUAAAAGUUGUUUUUAUAACCAUUGAAAAUCCUUUAGCAAUGCUAGCAAAAAAAUUUUUAAAAGUACUUUCUUGCUGA